CUUCACGGAUCCAUAAAGUAAGACAAUAUAUGUGAUUAGAUAGAUGUAAUCAGAUUACGACACCAGGUUAAAUGGAGUAUAAUUGCAACGAUUUCACAGGAUGCCACAAUAAUCGGAACCUUACCGUAUUUUCGUUAGUCAUUUCAAACAGCACAGUUUCGCCGAUAAAUAUCUCGCCCGAAAGAGGAACAUAUAUCAAAUCUUGUUUGGUUCUAAUCAUAUCAUGUUCUAUAAUUUUCAGCAACAUUCUAAACAUUCUAGUUAUCCAGAAAACAGUGCAGCUUCCACGUAUAACCCGCAUCUGUAUAUUAAAUCUUAGCAUCAGUGAUCUGUUAGUUGGAUUAAUUUCCUGUUUCCCAUGUAUUAUACCUGCUUUUACUGGUUCCUGGCCGUAUGGGGACGUCUGGUGUCAGGUUGCUGGUAUUAUCCAUGGAACGUCAGUUACAAUAUCAAUAUGGAGUUUGUCCUUAAUAAGUAUAGACCGAUACUUUGCAAUCGUACGGCCAUUGAAAUCUAGAUGUCUGUUAACUCCAAAAAAGGUUGUCUCUACUAUAAUAUUACUAUGGUUCAUAGCGGUUGUCACAUUUUUUGCGCCUUUGCCAACCAAAUCUAACUUUAUUUACUACAAGUAUAGUAUGGAUGAAAUGAUUUGUGGUCUAUAUUGGGAAUAUAAAUGGUUCUGUGUGAUUACAGCAUUAUAUAUUCCAAUAAUUUCAGCAUGUAUAAUUAUAUACACAAAUUUCAAAGUAACGAGAAAAGUAAUCGACUCCAGACGAAUGGUUGCAAUUUGGAGAACAAGUAGAAAUUCGGGACAGAGCGAAAUGAGGGCAGUCAAAUUGUUGACUAUUGCCACCGUUGUUUAUUUCAUAUCAUGGGGACCAUAUGUUAUUCAGGUUAUUAUAAUGAGUUUAACAAAUAUUAAUGACAUUCCGUCCAAUGUCCGAUUUGCUACAAUGUGGUUGGCAAAUUGCAACAGCUUUUCCAAUGUUUUCGUUUAUUCUGCCAUGUAUAAAAGUUUCCGAAGAAGAGCAAGAUUCCUUUUGCUAUCAGUGUGUUGUUUAGGAGAUGGUCGUUUUCACACGAAUUCCAGUACAGAUAAAAACUGCAAUUCCUCUGGAAGAGAUCCCGCGGAUCUAUUUGACUAGAUAUGAUUUUAUACGAAGCGUAUGAUAAUCAAUGUCAACCAUUACUUUAAGUAGGACAAUAAUUUGACAAUGUUACUGUAAAUGCACCAAUCAGUUUUCUAAACAAAUCGCGAGUGUUUCUUAAGGGUUAAAAAA